CACGCUGCCCGAGGGGCGGGCGGCCGGGCGAUGGACACGGCGAGGCGCGCGCCCCCCGGAGCCGGGAACCGCGGCUAGAGCGAGCGGGGGACCAUGCCAGCCUGCCCAGCCUUCCGGGGAGAGGAGGAGAAUCAAAGUUUGCUGCUGCAGAGCCGCCCUCCGCUCCUCCGGCGCCGAAUCCGCUCGCCGCCCGUGAGCCCUUUCGCAUCUGCCAGCCUGUGACAUUAAGAGGCAUGUGCAGCGGCGCCAGCAGGCUCUCCUCGUCCUCCUCCUCCUCCUCUGCUUCCUCCUCCUCCUCCUCCUUCUCCUCGUCCUCCUCCUCCUCCUCCUCCCAUCAGCAAGAAGACAAGCCGAGGACAGUCUUGAAAUAUCGAAAUUUUCUCCUCGGGAUUUGCCAGCGCCGCGCUGCGCCAAGAUUGUCGGAAUAAAGGACGCUGAUGAUUGUCUUAUUAUCUUAUUAAUUGGUCAGUGGGAAGAUUACAGAUGAGGAGAGGGGAUGCCUGUCGCCCAGCCUGCGCUAAGGUUGAAGAACGAGGCUGAACUGGGGCGGGGGGAGCCCUAGAAUGAAGCGAAAGGAACAGGAUUUUUAAGGACAGAAGGCCACGGGAGCCCCCACAUAGCGCACUUUUAUUUGUCAUUUUUAAUUCUUCUCCGUGGUGGCGGGGAGGCGACCGGGUGGCUGACAGGCCGCGGGAAGCUGCUUCCUUUCCCUUUGGAGAUGAUUGUGCUAUUCUCCUUAGCCUUGCUCUGGACGGUGGAGGGGGUCUUCUCCCAGCUUCGCUACACGGUGCAGGAGGAGCAGGAACACGGCACUUUCGUGGGGAAUAUCGCCGAAGACCUGGGCUUGGACAUUACAAAACUUUCGGCUCGCAGGUUCCAAACGGUGCCCAACUCGCGGACCCCCUACUUGGACCUCAACCUGGAGACCGGGGUGCUGUACGUGAACGAGAAGAUCGACCGCGAGCAGAUCUGCAAACAGAGCCCCUCCUGCGUUCUGCACCUGGAGGUCUUUCUGGAGAACCCGCUGGAGCUGUUCCGGGUGGAGAUCGAGGUGCUGGACAUCAAUGACAACCCCCCCUCCUUCCCGGAGCCGGACCUGACGGUGGAGAUCUCGGAGAGCGCCACGCCGGGCACCCGCUUCCCGCUGGAGAGCGCCUUCGACCCGGACGUGGGCACCAACUCCCUGCGCGACUACGAGAUCACCCCCAACAGCUACUUCUCCCUGGACGUGCAGACCCAGGGGGAUGGCAACCGCUUCGCCGAGCUGGUGCUGGAGAAGCCGCUGGACCGGGAGCAGCAAGCGGUGCACCGCUACGUGCUGACCGCGGUGGACGGGGGAGGCGGCGGGGGCGGAGGCGCCGAAGGCGGGGGAGGCGGCGGGGGCCUGCCCCCCCAGCAGCAGCGCACGGGCACGGCCCUGCUCACCAUCCGAGUGCUGGACUCCAACGACAACGUGCCGGCCUUCGACCAGCCGGUCUACACCGUGUCCCUGCCCGAGAACUCGCCGCCCGGCACGCUGGUGAUCCAGCUCAACGCCAGCGACCCGGACGAGGGCCAGAACGGCGAGGUGGUGUACUCCUUCAGCAGCCACAUUUCGCCCCGGGCGCGGGAGCUCUUCGGCCUGUCCCCGCGGACCGGCCGGCUGGAGGUGAGCGGCGAGCUGGACUACGAGGACAGCCCGCUGUACCAGGUGUACGUGCAAGCCAAGGACCUGGGCCCCAACGCCGUGCCCGCGCACUGCAAGGUGCUGGUGCGCGUGCUGGACGCCAACGACAACGCGCCCGAGAUCAGCUUCAGCACGGUGAAGGAGGCGGUGAGCGAGGGCGCGGCGCCCGGCACGGUGGUGGCCCUGUUCAGCGUGACCGACCGCGACUCGGAGGAGAACGGGCAGGUGCAGUGCGAGCUGCUGGGGGACGUGCCGUUCCGCCUCAAGUCCUCCUUCAAGAACUACUACACCAUCGUGACCGAGGCGCCGCUGGACCGCGAGGCGGGGGAGUCCUACACCCUGACCGUGGUGGCGCGCGACCGCGGCGAGCCGGCGCUCUCCACCAGCAAGUCCAUCCAGGUGCAGGUGUCCGACGUGAACGACAACGCCCCGCGCUUCAGCCAGCCGGUCUACGACGUGUAUGUGACCGAGAACAACGUGCCGGGCGCCUACAUCUACGCCGUGAGCGCCACCGACCGCGACGAGGGCGCCAACGCCCAGCUCGCCUACUCCAUCCUCGAGUGCCAGAUCCAGGGCAUGAGCGUCUUCACCUACGUGUCCAUCAACUCCGAGAACGGCUACCUGUACGCCCUGCGCUCCUUCGACUACGAGCAGCUCAAGGACUUCAGCUUCCAGGUGGAAGCCCGCGACGCCGGCAGCCCGCAGGCGCUGGCGGGCAACGCCACGGUCAACAUCCUCAUCGUGGAUCAGAACGACAACGCCCCGGCCCUCGUGGCGCCCCUGCCCGGGCGCAACGGGACGCCGGCGCGCGAGGCGCUGCCCCGCUCGGCCGAGCCGGGCUACCUGCUGACCCGCGUGGCGGCGGUGGACGCGGACGACGGCGAGAACGCGCGGCUCACCUACAGCAUCGUGCGGGGCAACGAGAUGAGCCUGUUCCGCAUGGACUGGCGCACGGGCGAGCUCCGCACGGCGCGCCGGGUGCCGGCCAAGCGCGACCCCCAGCGGCCUUACGAGCUGGUGAUCGAGGUGCGCGACCACGGGCAGCCGCCGCUGUCGUCCACGGCCACCCUGGUGGUGCAGCUGGUGGACGGCGCCGUGGAGGCGCAGGGCGGGGGCGCGGGCGCGGGCGGGGGUGCCGGGGAGCAGCAGCGCCCCAGCCGCCCGGGCGGCGGGGAGACCUCGCUGGACCUCACCCUCAUCCUCAUCAUCGCGCUGGGCUCGGUGUCCUUCGUCUUCCUGCUGGCCAUGAUCGUGCUGGCCGUGCGCUGCCGCAAGGAGAAGAAGCUCAACAUCUACACGUGCCUGGCUGGCGAGUGCUGCCUGUGCUGCUGCGGCGGGGCCGCGGCCUGCUGCGGCCGCCAGGCCCGCGCGCGCAAGAAGAAGCUCAGCAAGUCGGACAUCAUGCUGGUGCAGAGCGCCGGCGCGCCCAGCAACCCGGCCCAAGUGCCCGUGGAGGAGCCGGGGGGCUUCGGCUCCCACCACCACAACCAGAAUUACUGCUACCAGGUCUGCCUGACCCCCGAGUCCGCCAAGACCGACCUGAUGUUCCUCAAACCCUGCAGCCCGUCGCGGAGCGCCGACGCCGAGCACAACCCCUGCGGCGCCCUGGUCAGCGGCUACGCCGACCAGCAGCCCGACAUCCUCUCCAACGGCAGCAUUUUGUCCAACGAGACCAAACACCAGCGAGCAGAGCUCAGCUAUCUAGUUGACAGACCUCGCCGAGUGAACAGUUCUGCAUUCCAGGAAGCUGAUAUAGUGAGCUCUAAAGACAGCGGCCACGGAGACAGCGAGCAGGGGGACAGUGACCACGAUGCCACCAACCGCGGACAGUCGGCUGGCAUGGAUCUCUUCUCCAACUGCACCGAGGAAUGCAAGGCGCUGGGCCACUCGGAUAGGUGCUGGAUGCCUUCCUUCGUCCCGGCCGACGGGCGCCAGGCCGCCGACUACCGCAGCAACCUGCACGUGCCAGGCAUGGACUCCGUCCCCGACACCGAGGUGUUCGAAGCUCCGGAAGCCCAGCCCGGGGCGGAGCGCUCCUUCUCCACCUUUGGCAAAGAGAAGGCGCUGCACAGCACCCUGGAGAGGAAGGAGCUGGACGGACUGCUGUCUAAUACACGAGCGCCUUACAAACCACCAUAUUUGAGACUGUGGCGAGCCCUCCUCGGAUAAGCGCCUCCUCCGUGCUGCCUUCAUGCCCAGCGGUUAGUCUACUUCGCGUUGCCAAAAAAUCACACUUGCCGUCUCCUGAUCUAACCUUCUUUCCGCCAACUUUUAAGCCUUUGAAAUCGCCCCCCAGCUCUCCUGUACCCUAGCAGAGAGAAGACGGCAGCCCAUCACCUUUGCUAUUGCGGUUACCUCUCGCCGGCUCUUAGGCAGGUGUCCCCGAGACUUGUCUUGCUGGAGUCCUUUCUCUCUGACCACUCCCCAUGGUGAGCUGCCCGCGUUGAGCUGCUCGAGACUGCAGAGGGGGCUCUGCUGAGACUUUCCUCUUCCGGCCCAGCGAGGCAUCGGCUUUCAGGGGCACCGUGGUGUGGGGAGAGCUGGGGAGGGCUCGCAGCGCAGGGCCUCGGGUGCCUGCCCGUCCUCUCCGGGAGAGGCCCCCGAGGGUUUCCCCUGGGAUUUAGCCCCAGGAACGGCACCCACCUGGCAGUACUUGGGCAUUCAUGUGUUGCAGCCCGGAUCAAGCAAGUCCAGGUCAUUGACAGUUCCAUCCCAUAGUGCUGACCGUCGUGGACUGGAUGGGCAUCGUUUUCAGGAUUUUUUUUCUGUUUUCCUUUUUGCUUCCAUUUUCAAGUAAUAUCCUCUUUCUGAGUUUUUGAUCCUCUCAUUCUUCUUUAUAAGAAUACAUUUAGAUUCCUGAACCUCGCUCAUUUCCUUAUUUUAUUACUUUAUUGCUUUGGGACAAAUCUCAGGUCGUCAAGUCUCACCAGUUUUUCAAUUUUUUGAUUCAGUUCCUUUAUUCAGGAAUUAAAAUAGUUUAUUCACCUCAACUCUGUGAGCAAGGAACAGAUGGUAACUUGGGAUUGGGAAACAUCUCGAAGCCCAGUUCAUAUAUAUUUACUGUUAGAAGUUACUGUUCACUGAGCUUUACGUUUUAAUUCAUGGAGGAAUGGGAAUCUGAUCACCCUUGGUAUCCUGACUCCAGUCAUGGGUGAACGUGUCCCAUUUCUUUUCCCUUGGUUGGUGUUUAAUGAUUUACCUCAACUAAUAUAAUUCAAGGAAAGGUCACUAUGGAAAUCCUUCUGAGGUACAGACAUAAAGCAGUUCAUUUUACUUCCACCUCUAUCUGGCAGUUUCUGUAGGCACUUUGGGAUUUGGUCUAUUGAGAUGCGAGUGCUUUCGUGUGACUUACCACGUGUUACUCAAAACGUGUGCCUUCGGGUACAUGGGGACUGCAAACGCCCCCUGCGGCCUCGGUGUGUGGAGACUCAUUACUCAGCGAGGCGUUUCAUAAAUGCUACAUAGCUGCGUGCUGAAAACUAAACGCUGUUUUUAGAGUUUUCACAUGGUCUUUCAUGCUGUGGUGACAUUCUUAGUCAUACCCCAUCUACAUGCAAUUUUGGAUAUUUCUAGGCCAACUUUCUCCUUUUCUUCCAUUUUUUUAGUGUUGAACUAAUAGCAUUUCCUUGUAGAUGUAGCCACAUGUUUUUAUAUGGGAGGUCGAUUUUGAACUCAUUCAAAACAUUGAAAUGAAGUUAACUAGUGAGUUUUGUAAAAUGUGCUAGAGUUUUUCAAUUCUUUGAGAUUUUAAAGACUUUGCAAUUCUUUUGUUCUAAGAACAUAUUUUAUAUCCUAAGGAGGAGUUGAUUGGUUUCACAUCUUAACUCUCUGAAAAAUGUUAAUUACUCAUCUUUCUUAGCCUAUCUUUGAGUCAGUUUUUCUUUUAGAAAUUUUAGUGAUUAGCAGCUCUCAUAACUUAGCUCUGAUUUUUAAACCUUUUAUAUGACUAGUAGGUAUGUUUUCCUCCAUUUUAAUCAGUUUUGUCUUAUUUAGCUCCACGUGGGAAGUAUUUAUUUGCAUGUUAUCAAAUACUAAUUUUUGAGUUCACAAAUGUAUGGUUAAAAUAUUAUACAUUUAAAGAUAUACAGGAAAGACCUAAUGAGCAAAGUAAUUUGUAUCUUUAGCCAAUGGUUGGCACACCUUUGAAUGUGAGUCUUCAUUUGUUAUUUACAGCAGUCUGUUUUGUGCAUAGUUUGUAUAUUACUGAGUUAACAUUUAGCAUAUUAAUAUCACUUAUAUACCUCGUUUUAUAUCACAGAUCAUUUGCCCCCUCUUUCUUGUUUUGUACAUUGGAAGUAAAUCCAUAGAAUCACUUUUCCAUCAUGUCAGCCUAACAAAGGAAGUUUAUCAAUUAAGAUAUAAAUAGAAUUACUCAAUGGGAAAGAAAAUCUACUUGAGUAUUUUGUCCUGUCUCAUCAUAUUGAAGAUUUAUUUAAAUUUAUGAUCAAAAUUUAAAUGC